ACUAUUAACAGUUUUAAGCGGUUUAUUUUAUGCAUUUGACUAUGAUGAAUGUAUAAACGGAUCUUGGAUAUGGGCCUUAGGAAUUGUAUUAAGUUAAACCAUUCCACUAUGACCGCGAUCACGGGGGUGUCGUGCCGCGUUCUGCACUCCCGCCAUGGAAUGCACCCCCACCAAAUGGUAUUAGGUUACACUGUGCAAACAUAUUAAUGUUGUUGUUGUACCCUGGGCUAGAGUCAGUCUAAUUUGUAAAAUAGUUUUAUCAAAACGGAAGUCCGAGGUAUGCUACUACCUCUUUUCCAUGUUAGCUAAAGUUACUUUAACAAGUUAAGGAGGACUGCAAACACAAAUAAUACUAAAUACUACGAAAUAUUGUUCAGUCGAUUCUGUUUUCAAGUCUACCUUGUCAACUUGGUUUUAUUCAUCAAAAACUGCAAUAUCCUCGCGACUUUAUGAGGGGUGCAUCAUCUGGCUGGAGUGCAGGACACCUGUCUGGAUAGCCUCUAGUGUUGACCAAUCAGGAAUGAUAGCGUGAUUGAUGAUGAACGCCAUGCAUCAGGAAGUCUCCGCCUUGCUUCGCAGAGGGAUGACCGUGCGAGACAAGAAACCUUGAACACACCCCUUUCAAAUUGCCUUCAACGUCAAACAGACCUCGGUGCGUGGGGCGAGAAGAGAAACGUGCGAUAGAGACAAGAGCUGGAGGAUCGGACAGGUGUGUGAUCACUACUGAAUUACGCCUUCAGACAGGUUAAGUGGUUGGGAUUACAGAGAGCAGGAACCUCGGAAUGUUGUUGUAGUUACAGUUAACUUUGUCGCUGUUCGACAUUUUCUAUGUUGUUCCUAGUCAGAACAGUUAAGUUCAGCUGGUUGCGUAUGGUCAUGAAUUGGUUAGCCUUUGAAUAUAGAACGGAUAAGACUUAAUUUACAAACGUUUUUUUUUUUUUUUAAAGGAAGCAUUGAGCGCUGAAGCAUUGAGGAGACUCAUUAUGUAGCCCAAUAUGAAGUUGUGUAACGUUAGGGCCUUAUCAAUGACCAGUUGUUUAAUAUGUUUAAAUGUUUAAAAAAAAAUAUUCUGUGUUUCUCAUUAUGAGAUUUAUUAAACUUCUGUAGUUUAUGUUUAAACUGUUCUGCUCUAUGUGAAAUCCUUGCGAUGUGACUGAAGUCCAUAUUUUUCCUAGAGCCCCGAUUUGCCAUCUACAAACACUUCAAUGUCUGUUACGAAAUGCGUGUAUCGGUUUGGAUUUAAUGAUGCCUAUUGAACCUGUUGCGCCCCUUGACCCGAACAAGGAAGUUCCAUAGCAUUGCACAAUUCUCUUUGCAAUUAGGCGCACUAUCCUAUCCGUAGAAGUUAGGUCUUAAUAAUUCGCCUAGUUGUUUGCAUGUUUAUUUUUUCCGUUGUGCAUUUAGCCCUGGUGUACGAUGUCUCUCUCCUGCAUUGGGGAGCUUUACAUUGAACUUCAUUCUCCCUCUGUAUUGUUGGAACUCGAGCGUGGGAGUGGUCAGGAUAGACACACCUUUGAGACAGACUUUCCUCCCUGGGUGAAAUGGCAUUCAACGAGUUCACUUCUAGAGCAGUGCAUCUGUAUGACGAGUUCCUCAAAAAAGGCGACCCCAGAGUGGAUGGCUGGUUUCUCAUGGACUCCCCGCUGCCACAAGCAGUCUUCCUCAUUUCCUAUAUCUACUUCGUCACGUCACUGGGGCCCAGGCUGAUGGAGAACCGUAAGGCCUUUACCCUGCGGCCCAUCCUCAUCGUCUACAACUUCAGCUCCGUGGCACUGUCCCUUUACAUGUGUUACGAGUUUGUCAUGUCAGGAUGGGGCACAGGCUACAGCUUCCAAUGUGACCUGGUGGACUAUUCCCAUUCUCCACAGGCUAUGAGGGUAAGAUACACACCUAGAAAUCAAGGUACUGUAAUGGACCUAAAAAGGUUCACAUGUAUUGUCGCUCCAGCUGUACCCUACCAGGGUACGAGCACUGUACCUUUAUCAUAGGUACGUUUUGUCUUUUGUCUGUACCCAAAAAGAACAUUUCUGCACCCCUAGUGACAAAAAUGUACCUUUUAUGUCCUGGUACAAAAUUGGUACCUAUUAAGGUACAGCUGUUGCGACUUGCCAUUUUGUACUUUUAUGAGGCAAAAACAUACCCUUAAAUCCAGAGACAAAAACAUUUACAAUUAUUCACCUACAUUUAUUUAAAGAACUAACAAUUAGUUUACAUAUUUUACCAAAAAAAAAUAGUUUUUGUUUACAAAUGGCCAUUUGGUGUGGGAGCCAAUGACAUUGUGUCAUUUAAAAAAUAUUUUUCACAUUUUUAACAUAUUUUUGUACAUCUUUAGAGACCUAGGUUGGACCAGGUAGGAGUCAUGUAUGAGUCAUGCUAUGGAUUUUGAACUCGGGAGCAGAACUUUCCUUUCCUGCCGAUGGGCAGACAUUAUCAUUUUCAGUGGAAAUAGAACUUUCAGUGGGUGUUCUAUUUACACACACACCUUUCUAUCCCUGAUAGUCUUCUAAACAAAACCUGUUUGUACACUUAGAGGCCAUGUCUA